AUGUCGACCGUCCGGUUCAGUUCCGCAUUGGCGCGCCGUACCCCUCUGACUGCCCCUCUCUCUUCCUCCGCUCGUCGGUUCCUCUCUUCUUCCUCUUCUAUUUCUUCCUCUUCCUCCUCUGUCUCUACUCGCUCCCCCAGAUCUCUUACCUCUGCCUCUUCCCUGCUCUCAACUCGCCCUGCUUCUGCCCGCUGGACCGGUCUUUCCUCGUUGAACCUUACUCAAUCCCGCACCAUGGCUACCGAAAUCCCCAAGAUCAAGGUCAAGAACCCCGUCGUGGAACUCGACGGUGAUGAGAUGACCCGUAUUAUCUGGCAGGAGAUCAGAGAAAAGUUGAUUCUGCCUUACCUUGACAUUGAUCUCAAGUACUACGAUCUGGGUCUGGAAUACCGUGACCAGACCGAUGACAAGGUCACCGUGGAGGCUGCCGAGGCCAUCAAGAAGUAUGGUGUCGGUGUCAAGUGCGCCACCAUCACUCCCGAUGAGGCUCGUGUGGAGGAAUUCAAGCUGAAGCAGAUGUGGCUGUCUCCCAACGGCACCAUCCGUAACAUCCUCAACGGUACCGUCUUCCGUGAGCCCAUCAUCAUCCCCCGCAUCCCUCGUCUCGUCCCCGGAUGGAACAAGCCCAUCGUCAUCGGUCGUCACGCCUUCGGUGACCAGUACCGUGCCAAGGACCGUGUCAUUCCUGGACCCGGCAAGCUGCAGCUCGUCUACACUCCUGAGGGUGGCCAGCCCGAGACCAUCGAUGUCUACGACUUCCAGGGCGGUGGUGUUGCUCAGACCCAGUACAACACCGACGAGUCGAUCCGCGGCUUUGCUCAUGCCAGUUUCCAGAUGGCCCUGCUUAAGAGCCUCCCUCUCUACAUGAGCACCAAGAACACCAUCCUGAAGAAGUACGAUGGUCGCUUCAAGGAUAUCUUCCAGGAGAUCUACGAGACUACUUACCAGAAGGAUUUCGAGGCCAAGAACAUCUGGUACGAGCACCGUCUCAUUGACGACAUGGUUGCCCAGAUGAUCAAGAGUGAGGGUGGAUUCGUCAUGGCCCUGAAGAACUACGACGGUGACGUUCAGUCCGACAUCGUCGCCCAGGGCUUCGGCUCCCUUGGUCUGAUGACCUCGACCCUGGCUACUCCUUCUGGCGAUGCCUUUGAGUCUGAGGCUGCCCACGGUACCGUGACCCGUCACUACCGCGAGCACCAGAAGGGCCGUGAGACCUCCACCAACCCCAUUGCUUCCAUCUUCGCCUGGACCCGCGGUCUGAUCCAGCGUGGUAAGCUGGAUGAGACCCCUGAGGUCGUCUCCUUCGCCGAGGAGCUCGAGCGUGCUUGCAUUGACGUCGUGAACGAGGAGGGCAUCAUGACCAAGGAUCUGGCCCUUGCCUGCGGCCGCAAGGACCGUGAGGCCUGGGUUACCACCCGCGAGUACAUGGCUGCUGUCGAGCGCAGACUCAAGUCCAACCUCAAGGCCCGCCUUUAA